AUGGGCAGCGCAAGGCUCCUAGCAAUAGUGGAGACGCUGGAAAGCAGUAGUUGGCCAGGUGUGGAUCUCUUGUUCUGGAUUGUUCCAAAGAAGCAUCUGCAGGAAACGCCUGCCCUGCAAAACCCCAGCUUGGGAGAGCAGCGUUGGCUCGGGGGAAAAUCCCGGGCCGGGGCCCCGCCCUCCCGCCCGCCCGCGCCCACGCCGCGCCCGGCCGCCGGCUCGGAGCCGCCCCGCGCGCACCGCGGCGCCCGCGAGCCAGGCAUGCUCGCGACGAGGCUGUGGCGCGGGCCACCGCGGCGGCCGCCGAGCCCCCGCGCCCCGCGCCCCGCGCGUCCGCCGGCGUCCCGGAUUUUGUGUGUGAGGCUGUGUGGAAAUCCAGAAUUCUCCCAAUCACACCGUUAUGGGACAGUGGCGCCACCUGAUGAAAUAACAGUGAGUUAUAGACAUGGCUUUCCCGUGAUCACGCUCACCUUGCCGUCCCGAAGAGAGCGCUGUCAGUUUGUGAUCAAGCCCAUGCUGUCCACCGUGGCCUCCUUCCUUCAGGAUGUGCAGAAUGAAGACAAAGGGGUCAAAGAUGUGGCUGUUCUCACAGGAGAUGGCAAUGCUCUUCCAGCUUCAACUUUAAUGGAUGUUUUACUCAUGGAGGAUUUUAAGCUUAUCAUUAACAAAGUAGCAUAUGAAGUACAAUGUCCUAAGAAAGAAAAACCCGGUCAUGAGCACGUGGCAGAGCUGGAAGACGUGAAAUUUCUGGUCCACAGGCUGUUCACGGUCUUGCACUUAGAAGAGUUUCAGAAGAAGAGGGAGCACCAUUUGUUGGAGAAAAUCGACCUCCUGCAGGAGCAGCUGCGGCCUCUGGAGCAGGUGAAAGCUAGUAUCGAAGCUCAGUCGGAAGCCAGAACCAGCAGCCUCCUGUGGGCUGGCUUAGCGCUGCUCUCCGUGCAGGGUGGGGCUCUGGCCUGGCUCACCUGGUGGGUGUACUCCUGGGAUAUCAUGGAACCGGUCACAUACUUCCUCACAUUUGCGAAUUCCAUGGUCUUUUUUGCAUACUUUAUAACCACGCGACAGAAUUAUACUUAUACAUCCAUGAGGAGUAGGCAGUUUCUUCAGUUCUUCCACAAGAAAUCACAACAGAAGCAUUUUGAUGUGGAGAAGUACAACAGGUUGAAAGAAGACCUGGCGAAGGCUACAGAAUCCCUGGACCGGGUCCGCCAUGCCCUCUAUUGGAGAAUUCAUUGAAUCCUUGCCUUUUUAAGCAUCAUUGGAUUUCUCCUGUAUGUAUUCAUCUGUAACUUAAAAAUAAGACAUGUGGGGGUUUCAUAGGUGAGUUAAUAAAUCUGGAGAAACAGAAGUCUUGUGAGAAGUUC